AUGCCCCAGCUUCCUGGUGCCGAAGUGGCCAGCGCGAAGAAGCAGAAGCGCAGUCACGAGAACGCCAGCGUCUCUGGCUCAUCAACCAGCGACGAGUCCACCCGCGAGCGUAAGCGCAAGCGCAAGGAAAAGAAGAACGGCACAAAAUCAGAUAGAGCCUCGGAGCUUGUCAAUGUCAAUGGCCAUCGGCGCAGCGCCUUCGAGGAACGACGCAACAGUCUCGGAAAGGCCGCCCGAGACCCCAGAGAUGAACCAUCAUACAAGAAAAGAAUUACCGCCGCCGGGCAGGGUAUAAAAGUCCGAUCACCAAGUCCCGUAAUCGACGAAGAUGGCCUGAGUCGACCAGGUCGAGGCACUCGAGACCGACGAGAAGAAACCGCAGAGCAGGCCGAAGAGCGACUGGUCAAGAUGCGUGGUGCUGUUCGCACUAUCCUUGAAUGUGUUGGCGAAGACCCUGACCGUGAAGGUCUUCUCGAUACUCCGUCGCGAUAUGCCAAGGCGCUCUUGUUCCUUACAAAAGGAUACCAAGUCAACGUCGCGGAUGUCGUCAACGGAGCGUUAUUCCACGAGGGCCAUAACGAGAUGGUAAUUGUUAAGGACAUUGAGAUUCACUCGCUUUGCGAGCACCACAUGGUGCCAUUCAUCGGCAAGAUGCACAUUGGUUAUAUCCCCUCCGACACCGUCAUUGGUCUUUCCAAAUUACCUCGAAUCGCCGAAAUGUACGCCCGCCGUCUGCAAAUCCAGGAACGUCUCACAAAAGAAGUCGCCCACGCCAUCAUGGAAAUCCUCAAACCCCAAGGUGUAGCCGUUGUCAUGGAAUCCAGCCAUCUCUGUAUGGUCAUGCGCGGCGUCGAAAAGACUGCCACCUCCACCAUCACCAGCUGUGUCCUGGGCUGCUUCGAGCGCAAGUCCAAGACCCGCAACGAGUUCUUCAGCCUUGUCGGCCUCAACAAGUCAUAG